CGCGUCUGCUGCGCAGUAGCUUUGCUUAGAAGCUUCAAACCCAUCCUCUUUUCUCCUGACCGCUGCACGCGGUGAGCGAGACUUCCAUCCCCCUCCUCUGGGACAGGUUGAUCCUUCCCUCUCCCCGCAUCGUAUCCUGCUGUCCGAUUGCGCUACAGCCAAAAGGAACGAUAUCAACAAAUCUUUUCAUCCUCUUCAAUAAGGUCAACUCACCUUCCCACACCGACAACACCCCUUGCACCUUCCCACCACACUCGUCCUGGCGAAAAUGUCUUUUCAGCAGGACUUCGACUUCAGUGCUUUCCUCAACUCGCCAGUGAACGCCGAUGUGGGCCUGCCAGCCGCCUACCCAGAUACUAUUGGGCAGCAGGAGCAGAACGAUGAUCUGAUCGAGUCGAUCAUGGCUUCCGCAUCUGCUGCAUCAGCAGAGGCAGUUUCUGGUCCUGACAGCUUAGCGCCAGGCAAGCCUGCUAUGCCCAUCGCCGCCAACAGUUGGCACGCUGGUACCCAUUGGCAGCAGUCUCAGCCCGGACAUCUGGCCGGCACAUCGCAGCUUGACACACCUUCAUCCAGCGAGGACAGUGCUCUCAGCUCCGAUGCUAUGAGGUACAGCUCGCGCAUCGCCGCGCAUCAUUCACAUCUUCUUCGAGGGGUGCUACCGUCGGUGCCAAGCAUGGCUGGCUUCCCAAACUCGGUCAGUGCCGCAUCACUAGCCCUUUCCGGCCAACGAAGCAGCGGUGGCAGCGUCAGUUCAGCUUCCGUACCGCUCAGUCAAUCGGCACGUCGUGCAAUCGGACCAAGCCCGGCUCUCACUUUGCAAGAGCGUCGUCGCAACUCUCGUCGUGCCCAGCAGACACGAACGCAACAGACGCAGGGCACUCUACCCUCUUCUUCCGUCAGUGGACGCAAUGCGAAGCGUGGCAUGACCACUACGACUGGCCAUAUCCACGGCCCUCCUGUGGGUUCCAAGCAACAGAACCCACCUCGUCAACCAGCUGCCAUGGUGCGCCAAGACAGUUCCUUUGCAGCGACUGCAGCACCCGUAGCAAGCGACGCCUACUCGAGCUCAGGAUUUGACCUCCUCGGCGCCCUUGCUCGUGUCAUGCUGCGACCUCACCCGCGCAUCGCUCUUGGUCCCGUCGAUCUAUCUUGCUCCUUUACCGUAUGCGACGCACGACAUCCUGAGCAGCCUAUUGUCUACUGCAGCGACACCUUCUGCAAAUUGACGGGCUACAACCGCAACGAGAUCCUCGGCCGCAACUGCCGCUUCUUGCAGUCACCAGAUGGAAGGGUGCACCGAGGCUCCGAGCGCUUUCACACCGAUAACGCCGCCGUCGCCCACAUGAAGCAGCACUCGCAGGCGUUUCAAGAGUCUCAGGCGAGCUUGAUCAACUACCGCAAGAACGGCACCCCCUUCAUUAACCUCGUGACCAUCGUACCCAUCGGCUGGGGAGACAAUCCCGAGCCUGUCUACCUCGUCGGCUUUCAGGUCGACCUUGUCGAGCAGCCAAGCGCCGUCCUCGAGCGCGCAGAAGAUGGCUCCUACGUCGUCAACUACACCAGUGGCGCAGCCGUGACUUUGCCCGCUAGUACCGUCGAGCAGAUUGUCCCUGCCGCUGCUCGUGAUCUCGAUCAAGAGGCAGCCGCGCGCGAGAUCAGUUGGGCUCGUAUCAUGCUGCAGAACUCGCACGACCUCAUCCACGUUCUCAGUCUCAAGGGGACUUUCCUCUACGUCUCACCCUCAGUGGAGCGACUGCUCGGAUGGAAGCCUGAAGAGAUGAUCGGCAAAUCGAUUUCCGACUUCUGCCACCCGUCAGAUGUCGUACCCGUCUUCCGGGAGCUCAAGGAUUCGACGAGCAAUGCCAGCAUUAAUGCCGCGGCCAAGAAGUCGCACCGAGUCGACGGCAACGCAAACCGUGCUACCAAAGGCGGUGUCGGCCAGGGUGGACCCGAGGUCAACCUCCUCAUGCGUAUGCGACACAAGACUUCUGGCCACUCGUGGAUUGAAAGCAAAGGCAAGUUGCACCUCGAGCAAGGCAAGGGUCGCAAGGUCGUCAUUUCCUCUGGUCGCCCUCGCCCCGUCUACGACUUGGCUUGGGCACCCGUCAAGGCCACCGUAGACGACCAGCGGCCAAACUUCUGGGCGAAGGUUUCGAGCGACGGCCUGGUCCUGUCUGCCACCGACGGAGCCGCAAGUGUUAUUGACGGAAUGGACCAUUCAUCACUGUACGGUCGGCACUUGACGCAGAUGGUCAACAAGCAAGCCAUGCCUGCGCUCCUCGAGGGCCUUCGAGGCAUUACUGUCACGACGGUCAUGCAUCAGAUGUACAACGCAGCCGACGAGGUCACGUGGGUCCAGUCAACUCUCUUCCCCUCGGCGGUCAUGCCCGGCGCCCACACCAUUCCCACCGUCUUCGUCCAUGUAGCUCUACUGACCCCCGACGAGAUUGGCGCUGGCCACCCGAACACGGCACAGGCCAAUGACAAGCAGAAGGACGCCACCUUCAGCGCUGCCGCUGCCGCUGCCGCAGGGGGCACGGCCACCACUACUUCGUCCGUAUUUGGCGAGCUGGCGACUCAGCGCUCGAGCAGCCACAUCUUCGAGCUCCACUCCCUCAAACACGUCAAUCGUCGCCUACGCGACGACGUGCGAGCCGCCACAAAGAGGCUCGGCACCACUGCCGUCCAGCCUGGAGGCAGGGUGCCCGCGCCACUCAAGGAGGGCUUCGUCCAUGCCCUCAAUGAGCAGCGUAGCUACUCGCGCGGCGCCCAGCAAACGAGUUCUUCAACCCCCGCCACUACCUCGUCAUCGGGCAAGGACACAAAGUCGGGCGUCAACAGCGGCAGUAACAGCCGUGGCAGCGGCAGCGAUGAUACGGCGCCUACCACUGCAACGUCCGGCAACAAUAGCGACUCGAACUCUUCGACUUGCAACGGAGCCGACAAGAAGCUGUCUUGAGCAGCAAGCGCCUUUCGCCGCCCUCCACCAAUACCUCGCCCACUGCUCACGUCUUCAGCCCCUCACCCUCUUGACCCUGUUCUACUCCCCGAGCCACAUUACCCUGUCCGGGCCCGAUACCAUCUAGCUCUCUGAUCUUCUCUCUCACUUCUCGUUCCGGGACAUUCCAGGUCACCAUCUUCAUCUGCUUAC